AUGGCACUAGAGGCGGGCUGUGGGCUGGUGGUGGAUGCUGGCUUCUCCUUCACGCAUGCCGUGCCCAUGUGGAACAACAGACCGCUGCUACAGGCUGUCAGGCGCAUGAACGUGGGCGGCAAGGCGUUGACGAAUGUGUUGAAGGAGGCGGUGUCAUACCGCGCAUGGAACAUGAUGGACGAGACGUUCAUCAUGGACCAUGCCAAGGAGCAGCUGUGCUUUGUGUCGCUCUUCCCCACACGCCACCUGCCGUUAGCCAGGAAACGGGAUGCGAGCAACAUUUUCCGGGCAGAGUACUUGCUGCCCGAUGGAGUGACUCUUCUGCGCGGGCAGGUGAAAGACCGUGCAGCAGCGAUGCGGGCAGUGAAGGCUCAGGAGGAGCUGUGGGAGCAACACAUAGCAGAGGAGGCGAGGGAUGAAGAGGGAUGGAGGAGAGGAAAGAGGGGAGUGGGACUGGCAGAGACAAUAGUGACUGCUGUGAGUCUAGUCAUUACCGCCCUCCCUCUCACCCUCUCGCUCACUGUUUCCACCCGGCCACCCCCUACCCUGCCCUCCCAUCUCACAUCACCAGGAGUGGGUCAGGCAGGGCUAGCAGAGACCAUAGUGGCGGCCGUCAGCGGUGCUCCUCGAGUCAUCCACCCGCUGCUUCCCUCCACCCCAUCUGCCCUCCUCCUGCUGCCAGGUGUCAGCCAGGCAGGGCUCGCAGAGACAAUAGUGGCGGCUGUCAGUGCGGCUCCUCGAGUCAUCCACCCGCUGCUCUACUCCAACAUUGUACUGGUGGGCGGCAGCUGUCAGUUCCCAUUCUUCAAAGAGCGAUUGGCGUUGGAGUUACGACCCCUUGUGCCCAACUCACUACCCAUUAACAUCUCUCUCUCCCAAAGCCCAGUGGUGAGUGCAUGGAAGGGAGGUUCUGAGUUGGUCAAGUCGGGAGAAUUUGCAAGAAAAGCAGUCACAAAGAAGCAGUAUGAGGAGUUGGGUUUUGACAGGGUCUCAGAACUGUUCAAAUACUGA